AUGGUUUCACUUUGCCCCGGAAACUGAAUAGGAAACGUAGCAGCGAUGGAGGGAGGCAGAAUUUCUUCGUGCUUGAUGCAGAAGGGAGAUGCGGAAGGCCAAAAUCCGUCUUGGCUACUCUUACAUCGCUCGAGUCGCUCGUCUUGCUUACACGGAAUUUCAAUAUAUUCAAAAUGAUUCAUGUUUUAGAGGAAUGCCAACUUCCAUGAUGAUGUGAGCUUUCGUUGGCGGGAGAGACUUCGCGCAUAACAGAUCGAGCAAGCCUCAAGAAUGAUCCCACUUUAACUCGGGUUGGACUACUGUUGGAGUUGGAUGAAAUGGAAAGACUGGUGCGGAAAUAUGAGCAGAGAUUUCGCAGAGUCAAGGAAGAAAUGAGCACCUGGGAUGCGCUUCACGGUCGACUUGUCAAGCAGUAUAGUAAUGCUGCAGCAAUUCUGGACAGGCUUCCGGUGCUUGUUGCGGUGGAAAAUUAUGGUGUCCUAGGAAACGAGUUGUCUAUGGCAAGAGAUUUGCCCGCGGCUCAAGUGGAAUCUUUGGAGCUUCUUUUUAGGGCUAUGACGAACACUCUGAGUGACUUGAGCCGAGUCGUAGCCGCCUUGGAGAAAGUCUGGCGUGAUGGGUGUCAGCUACUUAAAGCUGAAAGGCAGCAGCCUACCGCCUCUCAAAUGCAGCAGAGGGUAGGGCCGAGGCCCAGUCUUCAAGAUUGUGUCAAUGGUCUUCACACUUUGUACCAAAUGCAUUUUGACGAGUAUAAUCUGAAGGUUGCAAUUGUGUCUUCGCUAACCUAUGGAUCGAGGGGAGAGGAUGUGAGUGCAUUGCAGACUCUGUUGGUUGAUCAACCAAACAUUCCUUCAACGGAAGUGCGGUACAUAUUCGAUCUCAUUGAUGGAGGGGAAGGAAAGUGAAAUUGAUAUGGACAACCCGAAACUCGACUCCUCAUUACAAAACUCUGCAUCGUGCCCUGACACGCCUUUCGGCUUCGACAUUCUCUCCACCCUACCUGGACAAUUAUAAGCAAAGGGUGCUUAUGUUCGAAUGUGGGAACGAGCAAAUAGCGGUCAGGAAUCCGCCUUGUUGCUGAACUCUGCAAUGUGCCCUGACACGCCUUUCGGCUUCGACAUUCUCUCCACCAUACUUGGACAAAUGGUUGGCACAAUUGUAGCAAGUUGGAGAUGGCAGCUGCUGCCUCCUUAAUCAGUUCCAGCUUUGAAACCACCUCAAAGUCUCUCUGCCACAUACGUUCUCUAAUUAGCUGCAGUGUAGACUAAUGUAUGAUGUGUUGCCGUCUCUCGCCCAUCAAUUUCUCCCAUUUUUAAGGCCCUAGGAGAGGGCCUUUGAAAUCGUUGUCCCGUCACAUGUACAAAAAGGAAUACAAAUUAAUCGAAUUAUAAUCAGUUUGGCAUGUGGACGCCCAAUGGAUUUGUGAGUGUUGCCA